AUGUCAUUUUCUAAUGGUCUGAUUGGACAGCCACCAGGUGAGGGUACCGGUGGUGGUGGAUCUGGGAACAACUUUCAUAUUUCGACUUCACGAGAAAAUUGCAAUUCGCCCGUGCCAUUGCAGGGAAUCGCUACUCCGCAGACGCAAAAGAGCAUGGCUCGCGUUCAAGGAAGCGCUCCUGCGGUUGCCGCUGCCAAUCCCACGACUGGUUCUUCCACACAAAGUGUGGCACCUGUGACAGCAGUUGGACCAACGGAUUCGCUGGAUUGUAGUGCAGAGGUUUUAUCUGCCUUUGAAUGUCCGGUCUGCCUCGAAUACAUGCUUCCUCCCUAUUUGCAAUGCCAAAGCGGACAUCUUGUUUGUGGAAACUGUCGACCGAAGCUACAGUGUUGCCCAACAUGCCGCGGCCCUACACCAAGCAUCCGAAAUCUUGGACUUGAGAAGAUUGCAAACACGUAUUACGACUUUACCAGGCGAGGACACUGUCUUUUGGCUACCGACAUCAAUUUACCGGGUGCAGUUGAUUGGGUCAUGAUGCAGAGCUGUUUUGGAUAUCACUUUAUGCUAGUACUCGAGAAGCAGAAAAGUUCGAGCAAUCGCAGCAAAUUUUCUACGCCGUUGUUCAAC